AUGUUCAUGCGCAACGUUCUUAUCGCGGCUGUCAGCCUGCAGGCUCUCCUUGAGGGUGUCAUUGCCCAGGAGAAGGUCACACUCACCAGGACUGUUACUCGUCAGAAGCCCAAGACUUCGGCUGGCAACCCUUAUGAGGUGCCUGAUGUUCCUGAGGUGACCGUUGUUCCCACCUCUUACGUCACUGACGGAACUACCAUCUUCGUUGACGAGACUGUCACAAUUCCUUGCUCUCGAUGCACAGCUUCCACUGCUGGUGAUGCCGACGCUGAGGUCACUUCUGAGGUUAUCACUACUGUCAUCACCAGCGAUGCUGGCAGUGUUUCUGACCAGACUGCUGAGGUGACUGUCAUUCCUACUUCUUAUAUCACUGACGGCACCACUAUCUUCGUUGAUGAGACCGUCACUAUCCCUUGCUCUAAGUGCACUGCUUCUUCUACCGCUGACGCUGGUGCUGAGGGUACUUCAGAGGCUGUUUCUGAGACCGUCUCCGAGUCCGAGGCUCUCUCCACUGCUGAUGCCACUACUUCUGGUGACGCCGCAGCUGCUGGUACUUCUGAGGCUGUCUCUGAGGCUUCCAGCGAGACCGUUUCCGAGGCUGCUACUACUGAGGCUGAGGCUCUUUCUACUGCCGAGGCUACUGACUCAGGUUCCAUCACCGAGCAGACUGCUGACGUGACCACUGUUGUCCCUACCUCUUUCAUCACCCGUGGUACUACUCGCUUCGUCAACCAGACCAUCACCAUCCCUUGCACCAAAUGUGCUGGUGGUAAGACCAAGACUGCUGCCACUGGAGUUGUUGGCGAGACCACCCUUGACACCUCUGCUGCUCUUGAGACUACCGGAGCUACCCAGGACGCCGCAGAGACCUCUGCCGAGACCUCCGCCCCUGUUGAGGAGGAGACCACUGAUGUCGACAACGCUACUCAGACUGCCAACACCGCCACUAAUGAGGCUGACGCCAGCACUGAGACUGAGGCUCCUAUUCCUACCACCAUCAUCCUCACUACUGGCAAGGGACAGAGCACUGUUUCCACUCAGCCCGGACCUUUCGCCAACACCACUGUUGCCGCUGGCGCUGAGACCACUGGUUCUGAUGAACUCCCCGGUGCCGUUUCUUCAGAGGCCGCUACCAGCAGCGCUGUUGUCAGCAAGGUGAACAAGCCUGUCAUCGUUGUUAUCCGUGAGGUUACCAUCUUCCACCGCACUAUCGUUAUUGGUGCCGCCUGCCCUCCCGUCAAGCGUGGCAACAAGGGUGACUUCGUUGUCGGUACCGGUUCUGACGAGAAGACCUUCCCUGAGCUCGGCGAGGCUCUCACUGAUGCUUGUGACAAGCAGUUCAAGGACUGCUCUGAGAACGCUGGAAAGAACUUCGAGGUCUCUGAUUGCCAGAAGCAGCGUGAGAUUUGCCGUGCCGAUGCCUCCUCAACUGCCAAGGCUCCUACUCCCAUCACCAAGGAGUCCACUGAGACCGCUUCCGUUAUUCUCCCCUCUGACGCCGAGGUCACUGGCAAGACCAAGCCCGGUGUUGGCGGCCAUGUUGUCAUCUCUACCCGAACCCUCACUGUCUCUGAGUCUUGCGCCAUCUCCGAUGGUACCCCUGUCAUCGAGGGACCUACAUCCACUGGCGCUGUCAAGACCACCGAGACUGCCGCCGCUGAGACAACCUCCGAUGCUGAGGCUGCUGACUCUACCGCUCUUGGUGCUGAGACUUCUGAGGCUGCUACUGAGACUGCUCCCGGUGCUGCCGAGAGCUCUGAAGCUGUCACUGUUGUCACCAUGACCAAGUCCGAUGGCGAGAUUAGCACUAUUGCUAUCACUCUUACCAACGGUGUCCCCACUGGCACUGGUGUCACCCCUCCCGAGACCCAGGUCGAGUCCUCUGCUGAGGUUGCCCCUACCUCCGAGGCUGCUGAGACCUCUGGUGACUCUGAGGCUGUUGGUUCUACUGCCCUUGGUGCUGAGACCUCCGAGGCUGACGAGACUGUCACUGCUACUUCCACUGGUGUAGUUAUCAUCACCAUGACCAAGUCUGACGGCGAGAUCAGCACUACUGCUAUCACUGUCUCCAAUGGUGUCCCUACCGGCACUGGUGUCGUCACCGUUCCUGGCGAGGGUGAGAAGACUACGGUGGUCGUUCCUCCCGCUGAGACUUCCGCCGAGACUUCCGAGGGCGCCAUCGGCCAGGAGACUACCGUCCCUGCUGCCGGUGAGACUGUCAUCACCAAGACUGUUACCAAUCAAGUCACCUCCUACGUCACCGUUGGUGUCAACACCAUGACCGUUGGCGUCGAGACUGUCACCCUUACAAACCAGGUCACCGAGACCGUCACCGUCCCCUGUGGUGCUGGCAAGGAGACCGCCAAGGUCAUCACUUCCGUUGUCACAGCCUGCCCUGCCUCUACCACUCUGGCCACUACCCGUGCCCCUGAGCCCGAGACAGUCUACGUGACCGCGACCGUCGAGGCCGCCCGUCUUCACAGCGACGUUCCGGCUCCUGAGCGAUUCCGCCGCAUGCUCGGCUUCUGGUAA